GGUGACCAAGUCCAAUCGGAUCUCGGCACUGAGCGGGCUCCACAACCAUCCCUAAGUUACGAACUACCUGUGCCAUCUCAUUACUCUAAUAAAGGUGUUUACGUUGAACCAGUUUAUAUCUUCCGCCUAUCCUGUCGUUGUUGAUUCUCAUGCUACCAAAUGGUGCCCAAUCGCCGCGGUGGGAAGAACCUCAUCUUCCGGGGGCACAUGUACUCCGUGGAACGCAAGUACCGAAACAGCAUCAACUGGGUGUGUUCCAAGAACAGCAACAGCGUGCUCCGCUGCCCGGCGAGGUGCGUCACAAAUCCGGAGAGUGGCAACGGUAUCAAGCUGAGCCAUCGACGCCACAAUCAUCCAGCGGAUGCCUUUAAGCCCCACAAGCGCUGUCGAAAGCGUCCCGGCGAUCGCAACUCCAAGUAACAAUGUUUCAGGAUGCAAAGCAUGCAGGCUUCGGCAAUUGUUAGUCACACUAAAUAGUUUAAAUAUAAAUGUUUCGUCUAAUUGUAA